GUUGUUAUUUUAAUUUAUUUUUAUAUUUUCUGACAUGUCGUUGAUAUAUUUGAGAAUUGAAAAAAGUAUUUGGACAAUCUGGCUAUCUUUCUAACUAUACAAUCAAUUACAAUACACCAUUAUAGACAAGUCAAACAAACAGCUUCGGUCCAUGCUAGGUUUACAUCACCGUUAGCUAGCUGUUUGUUUACGUUAUGCGACAAACGUAGCAAGCUAACUUACUCACCAACAUGUCUCAGUUGCCAUUAGGAUUUCUCGCUGUAUGAUAAUCGCCAUUGUAACUAAGUGGUGUUUGAUACGACGUCUUAUACAGCUAGAUAACUAGCUACGCCAUCUGGCUUGGUACUGUUAAUAUUGUUGUGAAUAUAGCUAGUUAGCUUAGCUAGCGUAGCUAACUUGAUAUUUGCUACCAUAGCUGUUAUCAGAGAUUUGUUGUCAGUUUUGAGUAAGUAACAAGAACAUAGCUGGCUAUAUUGUUAGUCUUUAGCUAGCUACUUGACUCAAACAAAGUGUCAGCAAACGAUUUGACUAGUUAGCAUACCGUUCAAACUCUGUUUUGCAGUCGAAUGUCAUUGUUUGAGGGUUUGAGGCUAUGGACAGGGCCUAUUAGCUUCAGCGAGCAAAGCAGUUCCAAAAGUAGCCACUGGUUUACAGUAGGUUUAGCUUCGUACUAUAGCUAUUUUUAUAUUUGUCAGAUGAAAAAUUCAAAAGAAAAGUUUUUAUAUUUUAGGAAGAGAAGAGGAAAGUUGCUAAGCAAUGUUUUUCAAAUGUAUACAGCAGGAAUGCCUAAUUUGUCAAUGAGACCAAAACAUCCAGGCCUAACAACUGUUCUGCACUUGUUGAUCUAGAAUAGACUGUUCUUCUUUCAUAUUUUCUGUUGCCUGUCAAUGAUUAUGAAUACUGUGCCAUUGCACACUUUAGGCUCUAGCAAAUCUGAUUAAACUAAUAAUAGGAUUUUGUUGACCAGUUUGGCUAAAUCAGUUAUACCAGUAGUGAAACAAAACUGUAGGGGUUAUGGGAGGAUUGCAAAAUGUUGAGCUAUUGUCUGUGACCUUGUUCAGUGGUUCUCAAACCUCUACUCGGGGACCCCUAGUUGUUCUAUGUAUUUGCUAUAUUCCAGAGCUAGCACACCUGAUUCAACCUGUCAACGAAUCAUCAAGCCCUUGACUAGGUGAUUCAGGUGGUAGUGAAUGCGGUAGAGUCCCAGUCUAGGUAUGGAGCAGUGUGCGUGUGUGGAGCGGGAGCUGGAGAAGGUGCUCCAUAGGUUCGUCAUGUACGGACACCAGUCAGAGGAACGUCUGGAUGAACUACUACGCAGCGUCUGUGAGCUACGGGGACAGCUGGUUACAUUCGGGGUACAAGAUGCAGAUCUUUCGGUGCUGUCUCAGACCAUGGCCCAGUGUUGUAAGAACAUUAAAGAAACGGUACAGCUGCUGGCCUCCAGACACAAGGACAUCCACGGCAGUGUCUCCAAAGUGGGCAAAGCUAUCGACAGGAACUUUGAUGCAGAGGUGAGUGCAGUGGUGGCAGAGACCGUGUGGGACUCACCUGAGAGACAGAAGUACCUGAGUGAGACCAUUGUGGAACACCUGUACAGACAAGGCAUGCUGAGCGUGGCAGAGGACCUAUGUCAGGAGUCUGGAGUAGUGAUUGACAUGAGCAUGAAGCAGCCGUUCUUGGAACUCAACAGGAUCCUGGAGGCCUUGAGGAUGCAGGACCUCAGACCAGCACUAGAGUGGGCAGUAACAAACCGGCAGCGCCUGCUGGACCUGAACAGUACCCUGGAGUUCAAGCUGCACCGCCUCUACUUCAUCAGCCUGUUAAACGGAGGCAUCACCAACCAACUGGAGGCGCUACAGUACGCCAGGCACUUCCAGCCCUUCGCCUCGCAGCACCAGAGAGACAUCCAGAUCCUCAUGGGUAGUCUGGUGUACCUGCGGCACGGCAUAGAGAACUCUCCCUACCGCUCUCUGUUAGAGACCAACCAGUGGGCUGACAUCUGUAACAGCUUCACCAGGGACGCCUGCGCUCUGCUGGGGCUAUCUGUAGAGUCACCUCUCAGUGUCAGUUUUGCGUCAGGCUGCAUGGCUCUGCCAGUCCUGAUGAACAUCAAACAGGUGAUUGAACAGAGACAGUGUAGUGGAGUCUGGACACACAAGGACGAGCUGCCUAUUGAGAUAGAUCUGGGGAAGAAGUGCUGGUACCACUCUGUGUUCGCCUGUCCCAUCCUCCGACAGCAGACGUCAGAGAGCAACCCUCCCAUGAAGCUCAUCUGUGGACACGUCAUCUCCAGAGACGCCCUCAACAAACUCACCAACGCUGGAAAGCUGAAAUGCCCCUACUGUCCCAUGGAGCAGAACCCGUCAGAUGCCAAGCAGAUCUUCUUUUGAUCCCCCAUCCUGUUUCCUGAAACCCCCUGGAAACCCCCAGGCAAAGUGGAGCUCCUUUGAGCUACCCCAGGACCCCUGUAAAUCCCCCAUCCUACCUCCUGAGAGAGAGAGAUCUCAAAAGGAUCAUUAAUUCAUUGACACUCAUUUGCAGCUGCCCGCAGAACUUACUAUAGGCUAAUUCUUGUUAAGGAUGUGAUGAUGCGUUAUCAUGGGGUAUCAAGUUGAGUUGUAGAGUUUUUGGACGACUGUUCCUUGUUUCUUUCCUCUAUAUAUCCAUCUGUAGGCUUUCCUCAGAACACAGAAUCCUCUAUAUAUCCAUCUGUAGGCUUUCCUCAUAACACAGAAUCCUCUAUAUAUCCAUCUGUAGGCUUUCCUCAGAACACAGAAUCCUCUAUAUAUCCAUCUGUAGGCUUUCCUCAGAACACAGAAUCCUCUAUAUAUCCAUCUGUAGGCUUUCCUCAGAACACAGAAUGGUCGGUUGAAUGGAUGUUAGGUGAUGUGACAUUAUGGUUUUUAGGAAGUUGUCUGAUUUCAGGAGAGUAUUUAAACUUCUAUAUUACAGAGGUAAAGCUAAGUGGCCUCUGAGAAAGUAUAUUCACAUAUAUAUUGUAUUGAGAGGUUGUGAUUGGCUGAUAGGUUGAGGUGACCGUGGUUACAGUUUGUGAAUGGAACACUGAUUGUAAAAAAAGUAAAAUAUUGCCUAUUGGCUAUGAUGUAAUAAAGGCCCUGAUUGGUUGAAAGUCACUAUGGGUUACAGUACAUGUAUGUGUGAUGAUCAGCAGUUGUGAUCAUGGAGAGGUCGAGGGUCAAUUGGCUGAUUGAUUUUGCAACUGCCUCCAAUAACAAUAAUUUUCCUGUUUCUUGUUCUGUGUAGGCUGAUGUAUUUAACAAAAACAAAUGAUACUACUGUGAAGUCUGAUUUAGUUUUUAUUUAUCAUCGCUAGAAUCAAGUCUCCUGUAAAAUAGUGAAACCUUAAGUAACUUUAUACCUUUUUAUGAAAUCUAAUCCUGCCACAAAAUAGCAACAUCAGUAUUGGAUCCAUGAUCAAAUCCUUCUCCUUGGACCAAACGGAUAGCUCCCAGCCCAUCAAAUGGUGAUGUCAUACCAGCCCAUGAAAUGGUGACGUCAUACCAGCCCAUGAAAUGGUGAUGUCAUACCAGCCCAUGAAAUGGUGACGUCAUACCAGCCCAUGAAAUGGUGACGUCAUACCAGCCCAUGAAAUGGCGACGUCAUACCAGCCCAUGAAAUGGUGACGUCAUACCAGCCCAUGAAAUGGUGAUGUCAUACCAGCCCAUGAAAUGGUGAUGUCAUACCAGCCCAUGAAAUGGCGACGUCAUACCAGCCCAUGAAAUGGUGACGUCAGCAAGGUCUGCACCAGCAUAUCUUUAACAGCCGACACAUGGUAGCAGUCAGCCAUUAUAUAAACUCUGAUCUCCAGUCAGAAUGAAUGAUGGUAACAGGUCUUUAUUUGUGUGUACACGUUUCUUUUGUGUUUAGUUGACAUUUUAUUUCCUGCUUUUGGUUGACAAUCAUUCACCUCCUUUCCCAGAAUACAUUAAGAUCUGUAAUGGCUACUUCCUUGGGUUCUUUUUCUUUUCCAGCAGUCAGAGUUAUUGAGUUCUUGUCUGAUAGGUUUGCCUUUUACCUGCUUCUUUAUUCCAGUUUUAUUGUACAUAUUUAUUCUCUAACAUGUUUCAUAUUAUACUUGCAUCUUGAAAUGGAAUAAAAACUUUAUACUCCAA